AAAAAAAAAAAUGAACCGUUUAAAUAAAUUCCUAAUAAUAAAAUAUCAAAAAAUGAAUAUUUACCAAUUUGCCAGUCCACUGCAACUUAUUAUGGCACAAUUAAAUAAUAAAAUUCAUUAUUUAAAAAAUGAAUUUAAUUACAAAUUAAUUCAGUAUUUAAAAAAUAAAUUUAAUUACGAAUUAAUUUGUUUAAAUAUAUAUUUAUAUUCUUUUAUUGUUUUGACCCAUGCCUCAAGUUCAACCUCAACCUAAAGACAAUAAUUAUGGUAAUUAUGGGUUGGACGGGGCAUUGGUAUUAAUAUGGAGGAAUUAUUCUCCAUAUUAAAAAUGAAAUUAUAUUUAGAUACAUGGGGAGGUAUUAAUAUGGAGGAAUUAUUCCCCAUUUUAAAAUUGAUUAUAUUUAGUAUAGCAUAUUGACAUUUAUAUAGGGCGGGGAUAUUGAGGUAUUAAUAUGGAGGAGUUAUCCCGCAUUUCAGAUGAAUU